UCAGGCGCCCGGCAGCGUCCGCCGCGGGCAGCGCCCGCUCCCGCCAGAGAGGCCUGCAGAUUAAUCAAACAAGCCAGUUAUAUCCUCCCAUGGUAACCAAAGGUCACCUCACCCUCUUGUCACUACAAAGCCUGCCUCUCACAGUCCUGCUGGUUCACCAUGUUCCUGAGUGUAACCCCCAUGUGACCCUGCAUGGCACGUGGCAUCUUCCUCCCCCAGGCUGUGAAGAAGAAUUUUUAGUUUCAGGAGUCAGUGACAUUCAAGGAUGUGUCUGUGGAUUUCCCCUGGGAGGAGUGGAUUCAACUAGACUCUGCCCAGAGGAACUUGUGUGGGAAAGUGAUGCUGGAGAACUACAGCAGCUGGGUCUCACUGGCAGGAAAUCAACUUUCCAAACCAAAUGUGAUUUCCCAGGUGGAACAAGAAGUGAGCCUGAUAAAAAAAGAACUCCCCAGUGUGUCUUUCCAGACUGGGAGACACGUCUUGAAACCAAAGAGUCAACUCCAAAGCCCAGCAUUACUGAAGAUUUAUCCCAUGGGGUAAUAAUGGAAAGAGAAGUUCUCUGGCAUUCUACUUUAGGGAAAACCUGGGAGCCUGAUAAUUGGUUAGAGGGACAAACAACAAAAAAACAAGAUAGACAUCUUGGCCAAGUAGCAGUUAUCCAUAAAGAAACCCUUGCUGAGAGGAAGGUAUGUGGAGGUAAUGAAUUUGAAAGAUUUUCCAGUCAGGGUUCAAACCUUGACACACAACCAAGCAUUCAUAUGGCAAAAAGGCCCCACAAUUGGAAUUCACAUGGAAAAGAUGCCAAACAAAAUUAUGAAUUAACUAAAACUCAAAGAAUGUUUGUAGGAAAGAAAAUCUAUGAAUGUAAUGAGUGCAGGAAAACCUUCAGCCAGAGCUCAUCCCUUCUGAAGCACCACAGGAUUCAUACUGGGGAGAAACCCUAUAAGUGUAACAUGUGUGGGAAGCACUUCAUUGAACGCUCCUCGCUUACUGUACAUCAAAGAAUUCAUACUGGAGAGAAACCCUACAAAUGUAACGAAUGUGGAAAAGCCUUUAGUCAGAGCAUGAAUCUUACUGUUCAUCAAAGAACACAUACUGGAGAGAAACCCUAUCAGUGUAAAGAGUGUGGAAAAGCCUUCCGUAAAAAUUCAUCUCUUAUUCAACAUGAAAGGAUUCAUACUGGAGAAAAACCCUACAAAUGUAAUGAAUGUGGGAAAGCUUUUACCCAAAGCAUGAAUUUGACAGUACACCGGAGAACACAUACAGGAGAAAAACCCUAUGAAUGUAAUGAAUGUGGAAAAGCCUUCAGUCAAAGCAUGCAUCUUAUUGUACAUCAGAGAAGUCAUACUGGAGAAAAACCCUAUGAAUGUAGUGAAUGUGGAAAAGCCUUUAGUAAGAGCUCAACUCUUACCCUACAUCAGCGAAAUCACACUGGAGAAAAACCCUACAAAUGUAACAAAUGUGGGAAAUCCUUUAGCCAAAGUACAUACCUUAUAGAACAUCAGAAACUUCAUUCUGGAGUAAAACCUUUUGAAUGUAAUCAGUGUGGAAAAGCUUUCAGUAAGAAUUCAUCUCUUACUCAACAUCGGAGAAUUCAUACUGGAGAAAAACCUUACAAGUGCAUAGUAUGUGGAAAACAUUUCAUGGGACGAUCAUCCCUUACUGUACAUCAGGUUAUUCACACUGGAGAGAAACCUUAUGAAUGCAAUGAAUGUGGAAAGGCAUUCAGCCAGAGCGCAUACCUUAUUGAGCAUCAAAGAAUUCAUACUGGUGAGAAACCGUAUGAAUGUGAUCAGUGUGGAAAAGCCUUCAUUAAGAAUUCAUCCCUUACAGUACACCAGAGAACUCAUACAGGAGAGAAACCCUAUCAAUGUAAUGAAUGUGGAAAAGCCUUCAACCGGAGUACAAACCUUACAAGACACCAAAGAACUCAUAUGUAAAAGAAGUUCUCAUUGGCUCCUUCAGCAUGAUUGACUUUUAAUAAUAAUCAGAUAAGUCAUGCAAUGUAGAAACCUAAUAAAUGUAAUGAUGUGAGAAUCUUUUAGUUCAAGUACAAUAUACCAUAUCAGAUAUAUACAGACCACUGCAGAGAAAUCAUAUAAAAGUGGAUAAAUCGUAAUUUAGAAGGUAAAAUUUACUUUAUAUCAGAAAGUUGAAGUAGCUAAUGUUAUAAACAAUGAAGAGUCAUGCUGAAGAUAAGUUCUGUUAUAUCAUACUGCAGAUCUGCUUUGGAUAUCAGAGACUUGACACUGGAGAGAAAAUGUGAGAGUGGACAUCCCCAAAAGACCUGGUGUGUAGUUCUGAUUCAUCACUAAAUGGAUAAGUCACCUACUUUCACCAGGUCACAAUUUCCUUAUCUGGUAAAUGAGUGAUUUUGGAUUUAGAAGAUUUGCAGGAUCCCUAUAAGCUCUAAGUGCUACAUACCUGUAAAUAUAAUGAAUGCUAGGAAAUUCUUGAACUUUUACUGUUAUAUAGGUUGUCUAGAUGUUCCUAUUCCACAGUCCGGUUUCUUUGGAUGUUUUGAUUCAAAAUUUUCCACAUCUACCAACCCCUAUUACCCUUCCAUGUCUCCCUUUCCUCCAUUGUUAUUUUCUCCUCUGAAACGUAGGCUGGUUACUACAAGGUGAUGGAAUAAUUGAAUGGAUAUUAAUGCACUAGCAUGCUGUUUUGAGUUCUCAAUAUUAAACUGUUGUUAAAUAAGCUGAUUAUUUAGAAAACAAUAUAACUUAAAUAUAGUAUUUAAGUACAUAGAAAUCAAAUAAAUACAUAUCUUUAUAUCAUAUUUUGGCUAUCAAGUGAGAAGGAGAAGAAAGGAGCUGAACACUAAUGGACAUGGAAAAAAUCUGACAUAUUAACAAAACUUUGCAACUCAAAACAUAUUCAGAACAAUCAUUGGGAGAUUUUAUACAUCUAUGGUUAUUACAGUAGUUAAGAUGGUUUCAUUUAUUUCACACACAUUUACCAAGUUCUAAAUAUGUACUGGACAUGUUUAGAAAAUCAAAAUGAAUAAAAUAUUCUUGUUUUCCAAGGGCUAAACUAAUAAAGUGGCAGUGUGGUGGGAGAAGAAAGGAAGAAUUUAAGCAAUAAUGAGGCAGAAUCUAGAAGACUAGGUAACUCGUUAAAUAUGGCCACUUGAAUGAGAAGGAAAAGUUGAAGAUGACUUGAAUUUCUCAUUUGGGUGGACAGAGGUGGCAUAAUUAAAAACACAUAAAGUUAACUAGUUUUGUGGAGCAAGAGUUCAGUUUGGGAGUAUUUCAAUGAUUCUUUGGGACAUCCAAGUGAAGAGAAGAAACAGGUCAGUGUUAAAGGAUAUGCUAAGAGUGCUGUCACUGAGUGGGUAAGUGGAGGUGACAGUAAUCAGUAGAAGCUGAGAGGAAUAAAUAGCCAAAAAAAAAAAAAAAAACAGGAGAAGGUGUUGCUUCAGAAGUAAAAAGAAAAUUCUGACACAGGGUUAUAAAUAGCUAGUAUUGUCAUAUGCUAUGGAGAGUAAAGUAGUAUAGAAAUGUCAUUUGGUUUUCGGUAUUGAUUUGAAACAGAUGAUUUAAACCAUGUGUGGUGGCAUGCACCUGUAGUCCCAACUACUUUAGUGGCUAAGACAGGACAAUCGCUUGAGGCCAGGAGUUUGAGGCUAGCUUGGACAACAUAGCAAAACCCUGUCUUAAACAAAAAGAUCAUUAAAAACCUCUGUAAAUUUUAUUGGGUCGAAGAGGGAGUUUAAUGUUGAAAAGGAUUUUCAGGAGAAGUUUAGAAACAUAAAUAGAAGGAGGCUAGGGUUGAGAGAGGGCAUAUCUAUCUGAAGGCUUUGCCUACAAUAAAUGGAAACCCCAGUCAACAAUGGCAUAAACAAAUAGGGAUUUAUUUAUCUCACAAAAUAAAUCUGGAGGUGCUCGGCACUAGUUCACAGACAAAAUAAUUCAGUGUAUUGAGUUUCAUGGAGUUUCCAUCAUGGUCAUAUGAUGGCAGCCAUAGAUUCAGGUCCACUAUCUGCAUUCAAGGCAGGAAGAAAGGGGGUGGGUAGCAACAGCAACAUCAGUGCCUUUUAUCAGGAACAUUUUCCCAGAAGCCCCUCAAUAGACUCCUGAUUACGCCUCAUUGAUGACAACUGUGUUCCAUGGCAGCAAGGGAGGUUGAGCAUAGAAGUAGUUAACCCAUCUAGCCUCAAUAGUGGAAGUAGGCAUAGAAAAGGGGUGUUGAGAAUGGUGUUGAUUGAGCCAGCCAACAACCUGCAAGGGUGUGUUUGUAUGAUUUAAGGUAAGAUUGAGUAAGUUCAUAACUUAAAAGAAGAGGCAUGGGAGAGUCGGAAGGUACAGGAAUGUGCAGCUAAAAGCGGGAAAAUAAUAUUUGGAGCACAGGUGGAGCCUUUAGGAAUCUUUCAACAGGAGGAAGGUAACUUUCCACUGUGAGGCAGGAAUCAAGAUGCAAUGGGUACAGAAGAUGUUUGUGAUGGCAGUGGAGGAAAUUCCCAUGAAUUCUUUGGCCCUUCAGCAACUCAGUCUCUGAGCUAUGUGACUUCUCAAGGUUACUAGUCUAUCAGUUUUGAGUCAUCGCAUCCAUCCUAGGUUUCAAUGCCUUCAUUUCUCCCUCUUUUCCUUGCCAUGUGCCUUCCUUUAGGUCCUUUAUUUUGCUGCUUUCUUUAUCAUUUUCAUCUAUUUUCUACCUUUGCCUCCUCUCUGCCUCUUUUGUUCUCCAUUUAUAUCUCUUGAGAUCAGGGGUAUAAAAAGUGUGAAGGGAGACUGAGUGAAGAGAUAGAGAUGAUUAAACACCUGUGUUUCUGAGGAUAUUAUCAGUUCAGUGUUUUAUUUCCUUUCUUUGCCUUUUCUAACUCCAGCAGUUUAUAUUUUGUAGUCAAGGAGACCCAGGAUCUGCAUGCUGAGUCAAGACAGAGUGUGUGUGGAAGAGUGGAGAAGCUCCAUGUCAGAGAUUUAUCUCAUUCUUCUCAAGCAUCCAAUCUUGGAAUAGGGGAAAGGAUGCUGUUUAUUUGGGAAACACCUGGAAAGAGCAUUCAGAGUAUAAGGGUUUGGGAGAGAAGACUCUUGUCAAAUCCUCUUGUUAAGCCCAAGCCCUUCACUUAGGUGUCCAUUCUUAAGUAGAACUGAAGUUUUUGGUAGUAUUUGAGAAAAAAAGGUUUUUCUUGUGACAUGAAAUAUGGUAUAGCCAGAUCUCAUGGCAACUGGGAGCCACCAGCAGCCAAGGAUAUUUAUGUGCCCUCUCUCCCUCUCUCUUCAUCCUCACCCCUCGCCACUGCUACCACCAGCACAUGGGCUCUUGCUGCUCUUUCCAUUGGCUCACUGAUGGUUGGCUUCCCUUGCUUACCAUUAAAGCUGCACAUGACCCAAAAUGUCAGCAUCAGCCCUCACAUUUGAGAAAGGUCAUAUCUAGUGAACUUUCAUUUCCUUUCUGACUCCCCAGUCUCUCUGUCCUAAUUCUAAAAUUCCAUGAAAGAAACUCAGUUGGUCCAGAUCACCUUUUAAAGACAGGCCUCACAAGUCACUCUUUCUGGCCAAGUACCCAUCCCCUUUUCAGUCAGCUGGUAGGAAGAAGGGCUACCAUGUAGCCAUUGCCCAUGCAGUCAGUCCUGGGUAAAGCAAAAUGUAAUGGGUAUGACCAGUAUGUCAUGAAAUUAUUUCCUGAGCACCUACUCAGUAGUUGCUGGAGAUCUAGAACUCUAAAGAAGCUCAUGAUAGGGGAGUCAUUUAGGAAAUUCUACAUGGUCUAUGAUUCGAGCAUGGAGUAGAAGUCGAGAAGCAACAGGAAAGGAAGCUAAAGGAAGAUCUUAUUACAUCAUCCUGCAAGGGUCCCAGCAAGGCCCAACAAAGGAACACCAGGAACUACUAGCAAGUAGCCAUUUAGAUGCAGUAGGAUAACUUCAAAGAUAGCAAGAAACAAUGCCCUCUGGAACUACGGAGAAGCGAGUGAUGAAAGUACUAUUUUCUCUAUGGGUGGGUCAUGACUCAAAAGACUCUGAUUGGUGGAGAAUAGAGGUGGAGCUGCAGAAUACGGUGUUCUCUCCUAAAUUGUGAUUGGUGGAGAAUAGAGGUGGUGCUGCAGAAUAAGUUAUCCUCCUCCUAGAUUGUGCAUAACCCCCAACAUCUGCAUGCUCAUGGGCACUGGCCUCUGGCUCCUAAAAAAGUCACAAAAGAUCUGGAGGGGAAGGGACUGAAAAUUUGAUGAAUGCUUAAGGAUAGAAUCGAGGUAGGUUACUUCCUGUACAUAUUGGCAGAAUUCAAUUCCUGCCUACAGUCAACAGACUUCUUAAGAGUGCUUUGCCUGUGCAGCAUGUUGGAAGCACAAGGAUGAGAAAGAUACUGUUCCUACUCCUAGUGUAAUUCAUUCAUGCACCUAAUAUUUAUUGAGCUCAUAGCAUAGCUCAGCUUCUAUGAAUUGACCUCUGAUCCUGUUGUCAAGGAGCUGUUGCUAUGGGAGUGAACCAGUUGGGUGCAGAGCAGAUAGGAGAGGAAAUGCCAAGAUGGAGGGAAGAGCAGCCGUGAUGGCAAGAAGGCACAGUGUACAUUUAGGAAAUUCUACAUGGUCUAUGAUUGGAGCAUGAA